AAUACAUUUCUAAAAUGAGAACUAUGAAAAGCUUAUUUUACAUACGUUGGUUAACCUAAAUUUUAGAAGUAUUUCAGUGAGCACCGGUAACGCAUCCACCUGUCGCAUAAUGAUCCCAGGCCGGGUUCUCAUCGGAUUCCCGAUAUUCCGACAACAGCAGAGGCGUCGAAUGUCGGAGCACAGGCUUCCCUUCCAUCGCAGACCAGUGCCCGUGAAGCUUCAGGAGCGCAAGAGUUCUACGACCGAUCUGAAGAGGCCGCCCUUCCUGCUGGUCAAGAGCUUCCUGAACCUGCGCCACAUGGACGCCGACUACGGGAAGGAUAUCACGCGAGUUACGGACGAGCUGAGUUUCCAGCCGCAUCGCACCCUCUUCAUCAACAUCCUGCGGAUGCCGGAUCGCCAGUUUUCGGACACGGAACGAUUUGCGGACGUGAUGGAUGCCAAUCCGCUAGCUUUGGACUCGGGUUCGAAGCCGUGAGUGGGAGGAGAAUGUUUUAAGUAUUUUAUAAUAAAUGUUUCUUUUUAAUUUUAUCGAAUAAAGCUUGAUAUUUUUGA